ACUAGCGCAGUAUAUUUCCUUCUUCCCUUAAACCCUAAAACGCUAGGGAGGGGGCGAUGAAGACCGUCACCGGAAGUAUCGUUUCUUCGAAGCCAAUCUCUAUCUCAAAAGCGGCGUCCACUCUCUCCUCCUUUCUCUCCGUCGACAAUGGCGCUUCGAAAGCAAUCUGCGCCUAUCUGAGACGCGCCUCCGCCUCUUUCAACGAGUUAAAGCAGCUCCACAAGGAGUUGAAAUCUUCGCGGUCUGAUCGGAAGCACCGGCAUCACGGAUCCGAGGCUUCAAACGAUCCAGAGGCUUCCAGAGGUAAUCCACAUUGGAUCGAAGACGACGAGAAGAAAAAUCCUCUGUAUCUAAGAGCAAAAGAUGGAAGAAGCGGUAAGCCGAGUUUUAAUGUUCAAUCUGAGGAUGGGAAGGAUGGGAAGACGGAAAAGGAAAGCGGUGGGAGUGGUGAUUUUGAGGAUGCAUCGGGUGAAUACCGAAAGAGAAAGGUCGGGGACUUGAAAACUGAAAUUGAAGAUAAACCUAACCGAAAAGUAGAGAUGGAUGUGGAAUCAAGUGAUAAAGAUAAGAGCGUUGUAGCAGUUGAGAAAAAAGGAAAAAAGCACAAGAAAAAGAGCGAGGAUAGACAUGCUAAGAUUGAAGAUGACGAACGCGAGGAUGGAGCCAGGCGAAGUUACAGUAAAUCUCGAAAUAGUGAUAACAAUGGCGAAAUUGAAGCUUCUGGGAAGUUCGUCGAGAACAAUAUCGCAAGCGGAAAAGAUAGAAAGAAGCACGAGGACAAGAAGAGUUUGGGUGACGAUAAGGAUCAAGUAAAGAGUGAAGGUCAGAGAAGAAGAGACGCCGAGGAGGAAAAGAGCACAAACAAGGAUAAUGAUGAUGGAACAGAGUCGACCAAGAAGAAGAAGAAGAAGAAGAAGAAGAAGAACAGGGAAGAAGAAGAUGACGAUUUUCAGAACAACAGUGGAGGAGCUAUGGUGAAAGAGGAAAUCCCAGUUUCGGAUGACAAAGAGUUGAAAAGGAAAGAGAAGAAAAAAAGGAAGAAUCGAGGUUUAGAAGAAGGGGGUGAUGAUGGGUCCGAGGAACAACAGCGUACGAAGAGAAGAAAAGGAAAUUUAUGAGACAAGGAAGGAUGAACUCACAGUUCUUGCUUCAGUUUACUAAUUGCUAUCAAUGGGAAGAAGAACUGGGUGAAAGGCAACUUUUUGCAAAGAACAUAUAGAAGGUACAUUAUUUGAUGCUUAUUUAUACAAUUUGAUCAAGAGAUUGAUCAGUCUGCAUUGGCCAAAAGGUUUUGUGCUUGUAUCUCAUUGUGAAAUUUGUUCUUCUUUGAGUCAUCUGCUGACCAAACAAAUAUGCCAUGAAGUUUGCCCCUACUUUGAAGGGUUCUGCAUGCCUUGAAGAACCCUUUUUCUGGUGUCAAACCUCCACUUCCAUCUGUUGCAAAGCUUGCUAGAACUUUACCACCUUGAUAAUUUGAGGUUUGGGUCUCAAAAUGAUUCAAAAACUGAGAAACUGUGGUCCCUUUUCCAUAGGCAUAGAACUGGAAGUUCACAUAGUCUAUUAGAUCUCCAUACUUCCUCCACAAAGCUAAGUAAUGUGUUUGGACAGCGUCGUCGUCGAACGGUGCAAUGGAUGCAAAUGAAAUAACAUUUUGACGUUUGAGACGGAGCAGGAGUUUCCCUAUGCACUCGGUGAAUACAUCGGGGUGUGCUUUGAAGUGUUCGUAAUCGAUAUCGACCCCAUCUAUAUCAUACUCCUUCACUAUACGAGAUAUGGACUCGAAAGCAUUUUUAACCCAAGAUGUAAUGGAUUUAGGUUUGAAGUAUGCAAAUUGUUUGCCUGCCGUAUCGCCCCCGAGGCUGAGGGCGAACUUGACGUUUGAAUGCUGGGCCUUGAUGGAAGAAACAGAAGAAGGCGAUAGGAUUUGUUCAUCCCAAAAGACUCUGAAUUUGCCAUUUGUUGCAGAAGGAGAAGAUGAAGCCGUGUAAUCGAUGGCGAAGGAGAGGAUGAAGUGGAACUCGACAUCGGGAUGAAUAGGGGGGUUGCCUCUAGUGAUGGAAGAGUGGGGAAUAGCAACGGUAGAAAUGAAAAUAAGAAGAAUAUCUGAGCUGAACCCAUAAUAAUUGGUUGAAGCUUGAUGACA